CCGCCGCCGCCACCACCCAGCCGACGCGGCUACCUCCACCGCCGUCUUCUUCCCCUUCUGUGCUUUCUUUCAGGAAUGGCGUCGACGGCGGCGACCUGCACUACGGAGAAGUUGACGGUGUCGAGGUGCUCCACACACAUGGAUAAGGGAGCGCACCUCUUCGAGAUCACCGGGUACAGCCUCAAGAAGGGCAUGGGCGUCGGCAAGUUCGUCCGCUCGGCCACCUUCACCGUCGGUGGUUACGACUGGUCCAUCAGGUUCUACCCCGAAGGAAUGCACUACGCGCCCGAAGAGUGUAUGAUGAUCACUCUCGAACUCAUGAGCAGCAACGCCGAGGUUCGGACCUUUUUUGAUUUUGGAUUGGUAAGGCACGACUCAGGAUUGCUCGGCACGAAGUUUAUCACACAAACUAGGGCCUUCAGCUCAGAGACCGACGCCACUAGUCAGUAUAGUGUGUUAAUUGUAAGAUGCGGCGUUGAGGCGUUACCAUCCAACUACAUUCAGAACGAUGUGCUCAUGAUCAAGUCAGUGAUCACGGUGAUCAAGGAAUCCGAGGAGUCUGAAACUGUUUGGCGCCCGGAGAUUGAGGAUCCACCGUCAGACAUCCUGGAGCAUCUUGCAAAGCUGUUGGAAGCUAAGGAGAAAGCAGAUGUCACUUUCAGUGUUGGAGGAGAGACGUUCCAGGCACACAAGACCGUGCUCGCCAUGCGGUCACCCGUCUUUGAGGCAGAGCUCUUGGGGCCGCUGAGGGAGACAUGUGUAACCAUCCAAGACAUGCAGCCUGCUGUGUUCAAGGCUCUGCUGCAUUUCAUCUAUACGGAUUCAUUGCCUGACUUGGAUGAUUUUGAAGGUGAAGACAAAUGUGAAAUGCACCGCCAUCUACUGGUGGCUGCAGAUAGGUAUGCCAUGGACAGGCUGAAGAUGAUAUGUCAAAACAUCCUUUGCAAGAAUCUUGAUGUGGAGAAUGUGGCAACUACAUUGGCUUUAGCUGAUCAGCAUAACUGUGACAAGCUUAAGGAUGUCUGCGUUGAGUUUAUUGCCUCUUCAGAUAAGAUGGAUGAUGUGGUUGCUACCCAAGGUUAUGCAGAUCUCAAAAGAUCCUGCCCUUCUGUCUUAGUAGAUGCUUUCGAGAAGAGAAGUAGGUCUCGCAAAGAUCGCAAAGUAGGUCCAGUGUCAGAUUACGGUAGCAUGUUGUGGAUGGAACAUAACAGCAUAAAUCGCAACUAGUUUUAUGCUGUCAUACUGUUAACUGUGGUUCCUUGAGAACCUAAAGAUGACACCUGCCUCAUAAUUGUGGUUCCUUGAGAACUGAAAGAUGGCACAUCGUAUGCAACCUGUCUUAUAAUUAUUCAAGGCUCAUAAGCUAUGAGUACAUUCACAUGUUAUUCAUAUGUAGUGAUCUUAUUAGAUUAAUUGCUUGCAUAUAAAACAUUUGGAGGAAUGUAUGUUUUUAUUGAUCCA